AUGCAACCAAUGCUCCUUCACCACUGCUCUUGCUCCUACGACACGCCUGUCUCGUUCAGUCCUUUUGCUUUUUCCCAAAACAUCUCUUGCUCUCACUGUGGCGUAAUUUCCACCGGCAUCAACGUGCAGCCCAAGGCUGAACAAGACGCAAACAUGCAGCAAGACGAGCUGACUAGGCUGUUCUCGGCCAACAUGACCCUUUCACAAACCCAAGUGCAACCACCUCUCCUCGAGCCAGUACAGCAACCAGAGCCAGAGCCCGCCCCAAAGAACAUCGUCUACGCUUCACAGCAUUACACACACUCGCAUCAUGUCCCUCUUCGCAGUGCUUCAGAGCCGAGUCUGAAGACGCAAAUCAACGAGUCGGAUCUGGAAGCUGUACUUCUGAGAAACAGCAUAGAUCCCUCUCUGCUCUUUCCUUCUCAGAUUGAUCUCUUCAAGAACGCAGACGACGACCAGCGCCUGCGUCUCCUCGAGCUAUGGCGCAUCUCGCCCCCCUCAGGACGCCAGGGACACCCAGCAGGCACUGACUACAACAUGUCGAGGCAGCUUUACGACUGGCCCCCUACCAGCCUGGCGCAAGAAGAAGCAAUGGCCAAGCUAAGAUAUGAGAGGCAGCAAGCCGAGGAUGCUGCUCAGCAGAACGCAAUGCAGCAGCAAGAAUCAGAGCAGGCCAUGGCCGCAGCAAACGCCGAACCAUACAUGUCUUCAGGUUAUGAGAUGAUGGCAAUGCGCGAGUAUGAAGAGUCGGCACGAGCUCAGCAGGCUCUCAAGGAGGCCAACAGAUACAACCAAGCCACUGAUCCGGUAUACAAUACUGGCAAUGGCCUCUGGCAGAAGCACGUGGGAAGCGUCAUCGACAUGGAGAACAAUUACGGAGCGUAUGCAUAUGCACGUGAGUAUGGUUUACGCGGUGGCUAUGGAGACGAAGAGAUGGUCAUGUGA